AUGGGUCAGGAUAUUAUCUCUAUACGUACGGCACAUCGUUGGUUCAAUCGGUUCAACAAUGGGAAUUUUGAAUUGGACGAUUCAACUCGCUCUGGAAGACAAGUCGAAGUGGAUUUGGAUCAAUUAAAACAACUCAUUGAAGACGAUCCUCGGUUAACGACACGCUGUUUAGCAGAGAAACUCGAAUGCUCUCAUACCACGGUGGAAACAUAUCUGAAUGAAUUAGGAAAGACGUGGAAAUAUGGGGUUUGGAUACCUCAUGAAUUAUCGGCCCAUCGGCUUCAAUACCGACUUGAUGUUUGUAUGGAUUUACUGACAUCUCAUCGUAACUACGAAUGGCUUCGCAAUCUCAUUAGUGGUGAUGACAAGUGGGUACUUUAUAUUAAUUAUACGCACAAGCGCCAAUGGCUUAGCGUUGGUCAAACCGGUACAGUAACACAAAAAAACGAUUUCCAUCCCGAGAAAGUUAUGUUGAGUAUCUGGUGGGGUGUUAAAGGAAUUAUCUAUUGGGAACUGCUACCGGAUAUACAUAUUUUUAUUUUUCAAGAAGGAGAAUCGAAAGGAACAGUAGUUGCAGGUGGCAAUGGAUGUGGAAAUCGUCUCGAUCAAUUCAAUGGUCCAGCAUACAUAUUUGUCGAUCGAGAUCAAUUAGUUUAUUUAUCUGAUGACGGAAAUCAUCAUGUGAUGAAAUGGAUGAAAGAUGCAACACAAGGCAUUAUAGUGGCUGGCGGUCAAGGAGAAGAAAAUGAUCUUACACAAUUGAAUUGUCCUCGAGGAGUCGUUGUCGAUCAAUUAGGCACUGUUUAUGUGGCUGAUUUGAAGAAUCAUCGAAUCAUGCGUUGGCCCAAAGGAGCUACACAAGGAAGUGUCAUUAUUGGUGAAAACGGAAACGGAGGGCAAUCGAAUCAACUCUAUUGUCCCAUCGAUUUGUCAUUGGAUCGACACGGAAAUAUCUGUAUCGUAGAUUACGAUAAUCAUUGA